AUGUAUCGGGUCUCACCGACCGGAACUUUAAGAUCCUUGGAGAGAAAGGACGGUAUUAUACCUUUCAAGAUGCCUUCUUCGAGACCUCUUUCAACGGCAUCGGGACGAGCCAAAAAACUCUUCGAAGCCGCUGCGAAGCGAAAAGCUAAAAUCGCGAAGGGGAUCUGGAUCUUCGUCGUGAUUUGCUGCGUUGCCGGCUGUCUCGGACAAGUAUUCACCUUUCUCGAGAUCUUUUGGAAGUAUCCAACAAUCAUCGACAUAGAAACAGAGAAAACGGAUGAGCUGCAGUUUCCCGCAGUGACGAUUUGUAAUAUGAAUCGAUUCCGUCUAUCGCAAUGGUGUCGCUUCAAAAACAUGGAUGCAGAGACGUGCGGCGCAACAGAGUCCACUCUUUCGAAAGACGAUGAUCUAUUCACAUUGAAUCGGUCCCUGAAGAUUCAGAUGGGACAUCAGCUGAAGAGCAUGGUUUUCGAAACGAGGAAGACAGUCAAUGGGACAGUGAAAGAGCAUCGAGUGCCCCAAGUGACAAUAAAGCCCGAUCCUCUACCACUGCAUUUCAGGGACGUCGCUCUGGAAAACGGCGGAUUCCGGGAGCACUUUUUCCAUCAGAAGUACAGUAAUUGCUUUGUCUACAAUGCUGAAUGGUCGGGUUCCGGAAUGGGCGAAAUGGAACGUGCGCGUCAAAUCGAUAUCGAAUUCACAAUAUUCUUGGAGCCGAAAGAAUAUCUCAACUCCAAGGAGGUUGCCAGUGCCCAAAUCGUUUUCCAUCAUCCCGAGUGCAUCCCUGAUCCUCAAGAAAAUGGAAUACCCAUUCGAUCGGGUUAUGCCCACACCUUCACGUUGCGCCAUUUGAUCACUCGGCGGCUAACUUAUCCCUACUGGACCGACUGUCGGAAUUACGAUAUGGUUAAAAGGGACCGCUACAUCAUACAAAUGACAAAAUCUGUUAGUUUCAUCUCGAUUUGA